UAAACCGGUUAAAAUAGGAUGUCAACAAGUGACGCAGGAGCGCCGGAGCUCGGAGCAGGAGUAGGAGGAGGAGAGACAGCUACGCCUCUGUACGGGACAGACACACGGACCGCAGCCGCACGAGGAGAUCAAGAUGAAACAUUCGGUAGAAAACAGGAGAAUCAUCUCGACGAGGGAGUUCCAGCUGAGCAGAACCAACCAGCCGUCCAACAGAAGGAAACAAACAAAGCACUAAGAGCGGACAGCCUAAAACGGGACGAGACUUCUCACGGUGGUGAGUCAGAGGUCCUGAUCCAGAAACCUGCCGGGCCCAGAUUCACCUCCAGCCUCCUCCUGAGACUCUCCAGGAGUCUGCACCUUCACCAACCUGAGCUGAAGGAGAAUUUAGACCCCUGUCUACACAGUUCACGUGAACCACAGCAGGUUGAGAGCAAAGACGGCAGCGUGCAGGUUAAUGGACGAACGCCACGACACACCUCCGUAGAGACAACCAGCGUCUGUUCAUUAUCAGAGACAGUUCCAUUCCCAGCGAAGGAGGAAGACGGGGUCAUUACGGUUUGCAAUGAACCGAAGAUUACCAGGGACUUGAGUUCAGCUGACAUUUUUUUAAAUGGUGACUUUAGACCACAUGAACACAAUGGUUCACACAUACCUCCGCGUUUGUCACCACCAAGAACUUGCACUGAAGUUGAGUUAGAGGGCGAUCUAAAGGACCGGACAAAGCGCGAAAACCAAACUGAUAUUGGAGAACUGUCUGACCCCCCUGCAGCCAUGUUGUCUUCCACCGUGGUAACAGUUCUUGCCCCACACUGGAGUGGACGUCUACGACGGAACAAAAGACUUGAUGGAACGGGCAAUUCAGAUGCCCAGGGGAAUUUACAAGAUGUGACCAAUAUUGCAGCACAACGUGGGCAUGGUUUUCAGGUCACCCAGAACCAGCAUGGUAUGGACAGGGUGUUGACAGAUGGAUCACAAGCCCAACUGAGGGCCCCAUUUCUGGGUCCCAGGAGAAAUACAGUGGGCUGGUCGGCCAAAAGUGAACCUUCAGGCUUGGACUAUGAAACUAAAAGGCAAAUGACUCACACUGUCUCAUUGGAUGUAAACUCUGGAAGGAUGACCAACAGGCAAAUAGAUGCAGGUACUUUAAGCCCUUUAUCCACCACUAAAUCAUCUGUGUCUUCCCUCUUCCACAACCCUAAUGACCAAAGGAGGGAUCCACAAAGCAGACAUCAAGGAGGACUCUCAUCUUUAAGCUCAAAACCAAUAACCAGCAGUCUGCUUCUGUCUUUAAGGAGAUUUAACUCCAAUGGCGGGAUUUCUGAUUCCACCUACUCGGAUGUAAACCCUUUGUCUCCAAGCAGUCCUUCAAGUGAUCGAAAUGGAAAAUUAUUUUCAACUCACCUUUCUCAAAGCUUUCUCAAUAAUAAUGACCAAGACAGGACAAAGCCUCUCCUCUCUCCAUCAUCCAUUUCUUAUAGGCCAACUGAAACUGGACCUGUCCUGUCACCAUCAUCCUCCAGCAUCAGAGAAAGGAACAUAUCUGACGCUGUCUUCUUUUCAACCUCACCAAUAAACAGAGAUGCUGGAGGCACAGCUUCAACCCAACACCCUCAGACAAUAAACAGGAUCCAGCCCAGUCUUACAUCUUCCAAACAGGCAUUUCCAAGUACAGGACUAUUGGAGAGACACCAGAACAGCAGGGAUUCAAAUGAAAGUACAAACCUAUUGUCAGAGAACAUGGUGUCCACAGCCAGACAUUCCCCAUAUGACCACUCUGCACUACUGAAAACCCAUUCUGUUCCUAAAAGGACCAGCCUGAAAUCCACUUCCUGGUGGAAACAAGUUAGCCACGAAAGUAGUGCUCCUCUCAUCCUUAAUGAUACAAGCAACAUCAAAGACAGGCUAAACACACCCUUUGUUCCACCCUUUAACGAUAAUGGAGGCAUGACCUCUCCAACUCUAACUGACAACAAAACAUUGGGUAGUCAUAUGUCCAGUAACCGAGACAACAGUAGCACAACAGAGUCGGUUUGCAAAGGGAACAUGAACUUUGUCCUGAAGACACAGGGAGGAACACACAAUCUCAAACAAAGAAUCCCUGAGAAUUCCCUUGACCACGAACCACACAGGUUUGUCAAACAGCAGUACGGCUCGAACCUAAACAACAGAGAACCACAAAAGCCUUAUAGUAUGCCUGAUGCGUUGUGUGGUUCUAAAAUUAGUAGAGCUACAGCACAAACCACACUGAGUCACCCUAAAGAUCCCUGCAAGCCUGAUGCAAGCAGCAGUUCAUUUACAGCAAGUGUAACUGAAUUACCACCUACUUUGCUAAAUCCCAAGAGCUCAAAUACACCCACAGAGAGCAGCAGCAAAUACAAAAAUAGUCCUUGUCCUGCCAAAACCAACAACACCCCCUUACCUCUUCACAACAUGGACUCACAGAAGUUUACCAAACCAUCUCUUUCUCUUGAUUUCACUACCACUUACAGCAGUCCAGCUCUCGUCUCUCAAACUACCUCUGGCCUCCCCCCAGCCACAAACACUAAAAAUAGUUUUCCCUUCAGUUCCCCUUCAGUCUCUUCUCAGACAAGUAUUCAUGCUUCAUCAUACACUGGGUCUUUGUCCCAAACACCACAAUUAACCAACAAAUCCAACACCACACCUCUUGGCUUUGAAAGAACCUAUGCCUCCACUCCCAAACCUUUCCAACCUAAAACUUCAUCCAGCCUGAUUCCCUCAGUCAGUUCUUUCUCUAAAACAAACUACAGCUCUGCAUCCACCACCUCUUGCUCAAACACUGGCAGCCAUCCUGUAUCCCCUGCUUCCACCAGCCCUUCCUUUCUUAGUCCUCCCGUCACUACUGCUAUGACAUCUUCUCCCACCUCUAUUUCCCCUCUCCUUACUCCCCCUGCAACCCCAGUCAUUUCCAGCCCAAACUACUUAGAAACCUCCAGUCCAAAGGGAGGGAAGACAUUUCCCAGCAGCCCAGAAACAGACCCAAAGAAACGCUCCAGUGCAGAGGGAAAGAAAGCAAGACGGGUAACAUGGGAGGACUCAGUGGAUGUCCAGGUCUCAGAGCCCACCACAGUGGAGAAGCAAGAGCCGUCUCGAGCACCAACAAACGUUCUAUCUCCCUCCAGGUUCUCCCGAAAUGCUCCAUCCAUAUUUUCAUUUCUAAGAUCCAGCAGUCCAACAACAAGCACAUCUCCUCUUCCCUCCCCUACCCCCAAGACCUCCAGCAUACAGGUGGGCAAAGGAGGGAAGUAUCGAUCUUUAUCUUCUGACUCUGCUGAUUUGACGUCCAGAGAGAAAAACAAGCAAAGAACUGGUGACACGAUGCUCUUUGACCAGGGAAAGCAAGACUUAACCACACCAAGGCAAGAAAGGACAUUAUCAGUGGAGUCUGGCACAGUUCCAUGUUGUUCCUCUGCUCCUCUCUCCCUCCCUCCUGACUUUUCAGGUUAUAAGCUUCGCUAUAGCUCCCCACCUUACUCCACACUCAUGUCUAACAGACAGGCACAUGGAGAAGCUAAAACUUUAACACCCAGAGCACGCCUUUUUUCUCAACCUUCUCAGUCUAAUCUUACCCCACAGCUUCCCUUAAAUACUGCGUCCAAACCCCCUUUGUCACCUGUCAGGCCAUCCCAGUCCAUGCCCUUGUCUUCCCAAAGAAAACCUGCCGUGCAAGAAAGUGUGGUUUCAGAAACUGAUCAAGUCAACAAUAACCACAGCAAAAAUAACGCCCAGGACCGUCAGAAUAACCAGAUAUUACUUGUCGACAACAGAGUUCGUGUCAGCUUACAGUCUCUGCAGGGUGAUAAGGCACACAAAUCCUCAUACGUAACUGAAACACUGGUUUAUGGCAUUAAAACCAAAGCAGAUACAGCUACUGCCCCAAAUGACACCACACCUAAACCUUUGCAAGAUACCGCAAACAUACCAGUUUCUAUGGAGACCAAGUUAAGCCAACAGUCACACACAGUGCAGAGUCAGAGAGCAGCAGGUGAAGCGUAUCGUCAUUCAGAUCAGAGCUCCAGUGGCAGCAGCUCAGCAGAGAGUCAGUCCCGGGAUAAAGAAGGCAGCAGCAGAAGAAUGAAGGAGAAUGUGCUGGGGAAAAGCAGAUUUUUUUCAGUGGAAGCUAAUAAUGAACAAAGCCCAAAGAGAAGCCGAUUUGCCCUGAAGAAAAGUGUCAGCACACCAAACUCCAGUUUGUCAAGGUCAGAUUCAGAGAGGGCCAGCAAGAGUAACAAAAUGGACCAGGUCCUGAAUAAAAUAAAACAAAAAUUCAGCCCUAGGCGGUCUGAGGAUGAUUCAUCGUUUCCAUGGAAAUGGAAGCGAACUUCCCAAACUCCUUCUGUUAGUGGCUCAAGUGAUGUCAGUAAUGUCAGUGACAACAGUCUUGAGAGUGCCAAAACUCUGGAGGAGCGAAUGCAGCAGAAAGAGAUGGUGCUGAAUGACAGCAAAAAGGAAACAGACGAUGCAGAUAGAUGGACACAAAACAGAUACACCAUCAUGCCAUCUUCAGCUGUUGGAAGCACAGUAACAGGAGAUCACUUCUCCAUUUGGUCAGAAAAAUCAACUCUAGACACUAACCAAGAAGAGAAAAACACUUGUGCAGAACACACAUUUGAAAACAAAGCCCAAGUUCACCUGACAGUCGACCACCCAGCGACGCACCAGUUGGACUUUUACAAAGACAGCGGGACAGAUUAUACAGCAUCAAACCAGUUCCUGUCUUGUAGAGAUCUCAGUCCUUGUAGGAGCCCUAAUUCCUCUGCUGCAUAUCCAUCUCAGUUCAGGAAGUCCACACCGAGCCCCAGAAGCCCCUUCUCCCCCUUCGCCUCUCUUUCCCCUCUCUCCCCAUUUUCCUCACCCGAAGUGACAGAUGACAGUGUCUUCUACAGCCCAAAGCUGCACCGUCGCAGAGAAACUCCGUCUCCUUGUGAGCCAGGAGAAGGAAUCAGCUUAGGAGGUUCAAGAAGAAGCCGAGUGUCGACAGGUCCUCCAAGUGUAGGCCCAGUACCUGACAAGGAACAGUUGGCAUCCUCGUAUGCAGACUUAAAGUACGGCAUUGAGCCUUCCAGGUGCUUUUCUGUGAGUUCAGUUCUGUCCAGUCGACCUUCAGGGCCUGGACGUAUUUCCACUGGAUCCAGAUUCAUGAGUAUGGGGGACCUCUCUCAGUCUGCCUUGUCUUGUGGAAGUAAUGCCAGAGACUUGAGUCAGUGGUCUGUCACACCUGACUGGAACAAAGAAUUGGAUUGCCAACCUGCCAGUGACAGUCGAGCGGCGUAUUUUCCCAGUGAUCCUGGUAAAAUGAGGUCAAGAUCUCUGCCUCGAUCCCUGACCAAGUGCUUGGCAAACUGGAGCUCAGGAGACGCUCCGUCUCAACCUGUAACCAGCACAGCCUCAAGGCCGGCUCACCUUUGGAGCCCUAACAUGAACACUUGUCAGUUUACAUGGGAUACCGAGGGUCCCCCGACCCCUCCUCCAACUCCUCCCAUGUCACCAGUGUCCAGACGCAUGUCCAAACCUCCCAGCCUGUCCUCUCCGACCUUUCCAAGCUCAUCAGAAGCACUACAGCAAGGAGACAGCCAGUCCUCCAGAGGGCUUCUGCCCUCCAGAGGUUAUGUUUCGAGCCUUAGCACCUUUGAGGAGUCGUCAGACAGCAACUCGGACACGACGACAGAUGAUGAAUAUUACUUAGAAUCAGAUGAGGAAAGAGAAAAGGAAACAGAACUGUGAAAACAGAACAACAGUUGCUUUCAAAUUUCUGCUUUCCAGGACAUGAGAACAAAACGUCCAUGAGGAGAAGGACGGGCUGUAAUCUUUUAUGUAUGAUAACAUCUGCUUGUUUUUUGUUAACUCUCUUAUUGUCACCAAGGAGACGUGAGGUCAGUUAGAACAGUGGGCUGCUUGCAUGAUUUACUUUUCGAAAGUUGUAGUUGUGGUUAUGGUGAAAAAAAAAAGACGUAUGGGCGAGCAUGAUAUUAUCAGCAUAGGUUUAAAUACUUCUUAAGUAUGUACAGUUUAUUGUCUAUGACUGCAGAUCUGCAAUGUAUGGAUAACAAAUAGUUUGGUCAGUUGCAUGGCAUUAGUGAGGUAUGAAUAUCUGUGUGGUUGUUUUAAAGAACCAACUGCUGUGUGAGGUUAGGCUCUCUACGUCUUAUCUUUAGGUUUGCAUUUCAUCCUGCUAGAUAACAGUAAGUGCUGAGGUAAUGUGGAUAAACACGCUAUCGUUGGAUAUUUCAUCAUCUGUGUUUGAAGAUUGAAACGAAUUUCGGUAAAUGUUGUCAUCAUAAAGCAGAAACGACUUAUUUUCUUAGUAACUUUUUCUUUCUUGUUUUUCUUUUUUUUUAAACAAGUGUUGCUUUAAAACGUUUUUGUUUUUUGUACUUUGGGAUGAAAUCUAAUCUUGUUCUGAUUAACAAACAUUAUAAAGUGCUCUAUACAGUGCCUGCUGUUAUUUGUACAGUCACAAUCUAAAGUCUUAAUAUAUCUAUUUUAUAAAUAAAUGUAAUAUUUCCAACAAAA